UUGUGCUUUAUCUGACAUAUUGUAUACCAGAAAAUGAAAUUGUUCAGUUUGUAAAUUACGAUUUAAUUAAGCCAUUACGUUUAGCGCAUCUUUAAGCGUAUAUAUUUGGUUCAGUUGGAUCAUUACCAUCGACAGUAUUGCGACGAGUGUUGCCAUUAGCGUAUUGCUUUUGAAUAUCUGAGUGAUGGGUGUCCUGAACUGUAAGAAUUCAACGACUUGAGUAUGAUGAUAUAAACACUUAACUACCCAGGGAUCUUUACUGUCCAUCCUUAGCAGCAGUAUUGGUUCUAUGGAUUUUGGGUCAUAUUGGACCGCCUCCAUGCAUUGCUCAGUGUAAGAUCCCGUAUGCGCUUCUUUGCAACAUCGGAGUGAUCAACAUGACGUCUGACGGAGGAACUAUAAUACGUAACACCAUCGACAGCGAUAAGUACGUGUAUUCGAUAGGCAUCGAAAAGCUGAUCGUCAGCAGCAGUGCUUCAGGUCCUUUUCUGCAGAGAAUUGCACCGCUUACUGAAGCAAUUGCUUAUUUGAUCUAUCGCGAACCAGUGUUCCAAGUGCCAGCAGGCAACACUAUCUACGAAAUUGAAGUUACCAACGCAGCAAACUUACGAUCAUUGGUGGCAGGUACGAAUCACCAUUUGAAAAGACUACAUCUGGAAAACUGCUUGGUAGAUCGUGUGCCACCGACGCUCUCCCAGAUGAUCGUGCUAGAGGUGCUGAUUAUCAAGCAGUGCGCAAUGACAGCACUACGGCUAGAUGUGCUUGUGAACAAUCCAAAACUCUAUAUCAUAAACCUGUCCAAUAAUCAAAUACGGCAACUAUUUCCGAUUUCAACGCCACCGAAACAGAGGAUGGUCUUGGAAUCGAUUAACCUAUCCAGUAAUCAACUGGAACGUCUCGAUAUGUUCGUCUUUGCCCAUAUUCCAGACUUGAAAUGGCUAAACGUGCAAAAAAAUCGUAUCGUUCGCUUCGAGGCAACUGCACCGGUAACUUACAAUUCUUUCAUUCGACUCGCUAUCGAAUCGAACAGGAUUACUUCGUUCGAUACACGGAAUCUCACCCUGCCUGCAUUGAACUCGAUCUAUAUGGACGACAAUGAGCUCACAGAGAUCCCAACACAUUGGGGAUGGCUUCCCAACUUGUGCAACCUCGGAUUCGAUCGAAACAAUCUGAAGCAAGUCGAUAUGAGUGUGUUUGGACGGUUUCCAAACUUGACCGAAAUCUAUAUAAACGAAAAUAAGAUCGAGUCUAUUCGCACAUCUUCUCCCAUUACGCUACCAUUGGUUGAUACAAUAACCUUCCAAGACAAUCAAAUCGUGUCGGUAAAUUUUACAGGAUGCAAUUUUCCUGAGUUGCAAUUUCUUUCGCUGAUGAAUAAUCUACUCACGGUAGUGCCGCCUCUCUUUCAACGUUUCCCAAAAACGCGUAUGUUCAUCGAAAGGAAUCCGAUCAAAUGUUCCAGCAUGAUGUCAUUCAAGAGCAAGAUCAAUGAGAGUCGGCUUUACGUUACCACUGGUAGGACACAGUCGGAAUGUUUCACGACAUCUUCGAUUGCAAUUGAUCAAGAGAAUAGAGGAUGUUGUGUCGCUUGAUCAAGAAUGAUUUCAGAGAAAAAAGAUGUCCACAAAUGAUAGUUUAUCGUUUGUAUUUCCCCAAUGAAAACUGUAUAUGAAACCUGAGAGCUAUAGAAGCGAAAAAUAAAAAGUAUUCUUGAAGAAUUAUUUCUUGUAUCUCGAAUGAUGUGUACUACUAUGUUGAAAAGGCAAGAGAACAUUGCAUUUAUUUUGAAAAUGAUUGUUUUAUUCUUCCAAAUUAUUUUCUUCACCUUCAAUGUAAUCCUUUCCCGAUGCAAUGUACUUCUUAUUUCAACAGUUUUUCCAAUUUUUGAAAAACCAUUUCGAUUUCGGAAUCUGCUCUAUCGUCUCAAAAUGAUCUCUCGGUAGCAAAUUUUUGUUCUUUCUCAGAAUCCACACGUCAUUAAAUCCGAAGGUCCACAUCAUUAAAAUGGUGGUCCAAAGCUUUCGUUUUGCAACACUGUUGCUAUGCUCUUUUGCAAAUUUUACUAACUUCAGCUUAAACUAAACCAAUUCGCUAACUCCUUUGACAAGCGCAGUUUAAAUUCAAACGCCACCUUAUUUUUUUACACAGCUUUAGUUCGUACCACAGACAACCAGUCGUUAUUAAGGGCAUAAUACAAUUAUUCCUCAUUAACGACUUAUCAACGUGGAUAAUGUCCAAAACAUGUUCAUUCUGAAAUUAACAAAUGUGCACGUUUGCAAAAAUUGUUUUAUUUCACAAUAAAAUGGCCUGGUUGUAUUAUCUGCUGUAAAUAUUAUAAAUUUCCAACAAAUUCACCAAAACAACAAUGGAUGAAUAAAAAUGAUAUUUUGUGCUUUAUCUGACGUAUUGUAUUCUAGAAAAUGAAAUUGUUCAGUUUGUAAAUUACGAUUUAAUUAAGCCAUUACGUUUAGCGCAUCUUUAGGCGUAUAUAUUUGGUUCAGUUGGGUCAUUACCAUCGACAGUAUUGCGACGAGUGUUGCCAUUAGCAUAUUGCUUUUGAAUAUCUGAGUGAUGGGUGUCCUGAACUGUAAGAAUUCAACGACUUGAGUAUGAUGAUAUAAACACCUAACUACCCAAUGAUCUUUACUGUCCAUCCUUAGCAGCAGUAUUGGUUCUAUGGAUUUUGGGUCAUAUUGGAACGCCUCCAUGCAUUGCUCAGUGCAUGGACCCGGAUGCGAUUAUUUGCAACAUCGGAGUGAUCAACAUGACGUCUGACGGUGGAACUAUAAUACGCAAAACUAUCGAGAUUGAGAAUAACGUGUAUUCGAUAGGCAUCGAAAAGCUGAUCGUCAGCAGCAGUGCAUCAGGUCCUUUUCUGCAGAGAAUUGCACCACUUACUGUAGCAAUUACUUAUUUGAUAUAUCGCGAACCAGUGUUCCAAGUGCCAGCAGGCAACACUUUAAACGAAAUUGAAGUUACCAAUGCAGGAAAUUUACGAUCAUUGG